AUGGUUAAUUCGAAUGAAAUCCCUAAAGUAGAGCAACCAAUAUAUGAUAAAAUUGGUGAAUAUCGUGAGCAGCUAACCGCGCUCAAGAUGGACCACUCCAAGUUCAUGAAAUCUACAGAUAUUGUCCCUAUAUACCGGAAGAUGAUAGCCACUAUUAACGAAUUGAAGGUUAUUCGAAGACAGGAAAAGGCUGAUUUGCACCUGGAACAUUUGGAUCUUCCUAACAAAGUUGAUCUUUUGAUCGACGAAACGUUUCAGGUCGUCAGUCUAUGUUUAAUGACCGUCGGCUUGACCCGCACUGCUCCGGCAACGUACGUGUCUUUAUCCACUGUUCAACGCCUGUUAGAACAUAUUGGUGAGUCAGAGAUAUACACACAUCUAGAUUUGGUUCCCAUUGAAAAGAGAUUGAAGGAGAUUGAAGAUAUCAUAUCGCAGGACGAGGCGGACCAGAGUUUGGCAGACAGAGAGGACGAACACGAACUAUUGAAGUUUAAACUUAAACAAUGCAAGAACGAAUAUAAUUCUUUGCUGAAGGUUCUUGAAAAGGUCCCAAAGAGUUUGGAGCCAAUUUUGAACAGUUUGAUCUCUAUCCGCAGAGCUUUAAUGAGUAUACUGGCACAUACCAAGGUCAUUCAAUCGGAUGAUGAGUUACAUGUUAUACAGAAGGAGUUGAAUGAAAUUAAGACCCAAAAUAUCGACAAAGAGGGAAAUUUCCUUGAUCCGGAGACGAAGGAAGUUGUCGUGGAAUCCCAAGGGCUCCUGAAAGGGUUAUAUUAUGACUGCAUGGUCCUAGUGAAAGACAUCUUAUUCAACGAUGAUAAAGUAGACCCUGCACUCAAAGAGAUUUUUAAUACUCUUUUGGAGAUAAAAUCUAACUUGGAAGGUCUUUUGAUAACAAGCCGCUGGACUUUGCGUAAGACAGAUUUGUUCCAAUAUCAGAAACAGUUGGAUGCAAUUGACAACGCCCGCCAGAACGGCUACUUUGUUGCUCCUGACGGUUCAACUCCCAAAAAGGGACAGAUCAUUCUUUUGUAUUUGCUCAGAAGAUCCUACGCCACCAUUUACAAAUUACUGGAAAGUUCCGAGCCUGUCAGUGAAGCAUUACAGCCAUUACACAACCAACUGACAACGGUACGCCGAUGCUUGAUCGAUCUCAAGACGAUGGGAGGGAUUUCCUCACUGCGUGAGCUAUACCCAUAUCAACUCAAGCUGGCUUCGUUGGACAAUCUCAGGGUUGAUGGAAAGUUUAUGGUUGACGGUGAGAUUCCAGAGGGGCAGGGAACCCUAAAUGCUCUAUUGUCCGAAUGUUUUGACAUUACCCAUGAACUAACUAUUGAGAUGUACGAGAGAAAUGAGAAUUCUGAUGAUCAGGACGCUCCUGUGGAAGGUCUCGUUAUUGGCACCAAGGGCAACGGCGAGAAUAGAGAGCAGAAUUAUGAUUAUGAAGAUCCCAAUGCUCAAGGGCACGAGAAUGAAGAUGACGAGGAAGAUGAAGAAGAUGACGAGGACUCUGAGGAACUUCCAAGCUAUGCUCCCACGCCAAAUGAAAGCGACGCAGAUUCAACGUAG